AUGUCUUCGAUCUUUUCCUUCAUAUUGUUUUCUUACAUUUCUUAUUUAUUCCUGUUCAUAUCUAUCUAUCUAUCUAUCUAUCUAUCUAGUCCUGUUCAUAUCUAUCUAUCUAUCUAUCUAUCUAGUCCUGUUCAUAUCUAUCUAUCUAUCUAUCUAUCUAUCUAUCUAGUCCUGUUCAUAUCUAUCUAUCUAUCUAUGUAUCUAUCUAUCUAUCUAUCUAGUCCUGUUCAUAUCUAUCUAUCUAUCUAUCUAUCUAUCUAUCUAUCCUGUUCAUAUCUAUCUAUCUAUCCUAUUCAUCUAUCUAUCUAUCUAUCCUAUCUAUCAUAUCUAUGUUCUAUCUACCAGCUAGCUCUGUUCAUAUCUAUCUAUCUAUCUAUCUAUUCAUCAUCUAUCUAUCUAUCUAUCUUCUCUGUUCAUAUCUAUCUAUCUAUCUAUCUAUCUAUCUUGUUCUGUUCAUAUCUAUCUAGCCAGCUAGCUCUGUUCAUAUCUAUCUAUCUAUCUAUCUAUCUAUCUUGUUCUGUUCAUAUCUAUCUAGCUAGCUCUUCAGUUUAUUUCUAUCUCUUUAUCUAUCAAUCUACCUCAGUCAGUUUAUAUCUAUCUAAGUUAGUUUAUAUCUAUUUAUCUAAGUUAGUUAGUUUCUAUCUAUCUAUCUAUCUAUCUAUCUAUCUAUCUAUCUAUCUCUCAUCAGUAUCUAUCUAUCUGUCUAUAUCAGUAAGUUUAUAUCUAUCUGUGUCAGUCAGUAUCUAUCUAUCUAUCUAUCUAUCAGUUUAUAUCUAUUUGUCUAUCUAUCUAUCUAUCUUAUUCAGUUUAUAUCUAUUUGUCUAUCUAUCUAUCUAUCUAUCUAUCUAUCUAUCUAUCUAUGGCUGUUUGUAUCUGUUUAUACAUGUUGGCCUAUUCAUAUCUAUAUAUCUAUCAACAUUUGUUUGUAUCUAUUUCUCUUCUGUCUUUGUCUGGUCAUAUCUCUCUCUCUCUCUUUCUCUAUCUUUCUCUAUUGAUAUCUAUCUCUCUAUCUAUAUAUAUCUCAUUCAUUUGGUAUCUGUCUGUCUAGCUAUCUGUCUGACAGUUGAUAUCUAUCUAUCUUCAUUAUCUAUGUCUGUCAUUAUCUAUCUGUGUCAGUCAUUAUCUAUCUAUAUUUCUAUUUAUCUGUGUCAGUCAUUAUGUCGGUCAUUAUCUAUCUAUCUGUGUCAGUCAUUAUCUAUGUCAGUUAUUAUCUAUCUAUCUAUCCAUCUGCCUGUUUUAUAUCUAUCUAUCUCAAUCAGCUUAUAUCUAUCUAUCUCAAUCAGCUUUAUAUCUAUCUAUCUAUCUAUCUGUGUCAAUCAGUUCAUAUCUAUCUAUGUCAAUCAGUUUAUAUCUAUCUAUCUAUCUGUGUCAAUCAGUUUAUAUCUAUGUCAAUCAGUUUAUAUCUAUCUAUCUAUCUAUCUAUCUGUGUCAAUCAGUUCAUAUCUAUCUAUCUAUGUCAAUCAGUUUAUAUCUAUUUAUUUAUCUAUCUAUCUACCUGUGUCAAUCAGUUCAUAUCUAUCUAUCUAUGUCAAUCAGUUUAUAUCUAUCUAUUUAUCUAUCUAUCUAUCUACCUGUGUCAAUCAGUUCAUACCUAUCUAUCUAUGUCAAUCAGUUUAUAUCUAUCUGUGUCAAUCAGUUUAUAUCUAUCUAACUGUGUCAAUCAGUUUAUAUUUAUCUAUCUAUUUAUCUACCUGUGUCAAUCGGUUUAUAUCUAUCUAUCUAUCUAUCUAUCUAUCUGUGUCAAUCAGUUCAUAUCUAUCUAUCUAUGUCAAUCAGUUCAUAUCUAUCUAUCUGUGUCAAUCAGUUUAUAUCUAUCUACCUGUGUCAAUCAGUUUAUAUCUAUCUAUCUAUCUACCUGUGUCAAUCAGUUCAUAUCUAUCUAUGUCAAUCAGUUUAUAUCUAUCUAUCUAUCUGUGUCAAUCAGUUCAUAUAUAUGUCAAUCAGUUUAUAUCUAUCUAUCUAUCUAUCUAUCUAUCUAUCUAUGUCAAUCAGUUCAUAUCUAUCUAUCUAUGUCAAUCAGUUUAUAUCUAUGUCAAUCAGUUUAUAUCUAUCUAUCUAUCUAUCUAUGUCAAUCAGUUCAUAUCUAUCUAUCUGUGUCAAUCAGUUUAUAUCUAUCUACCUGUGCCAAUUAGUUUAUAUCUAUCUAUCUAUCUAUCUAUCUAUCUAUCUACCUGUGUCAAUCAGUUCAUAUCUAUCUAUGUCAAUCAUAUUAUAUCUAUCUGUGUCAAUCAGUUUAUAUCUAUCUAUCUCAUCUAUCAUAUAUCUAUGUCAAUCAGUUUAUAUCUAUCUAUCUAUCUAUCUAUCUAUCUAUGUCAAUCAGUUCAUCUAUCUAUCUAUCUAUGUCAAUCAGUUUAUAUCAUUCAUCAAUCUAUCUCAAUCAGUUUUUAUCUAUCUAUUAUAUAUCUCAAUCAGUUUAUAUCUAUCUAUCUAUCUAUCUAUGUCAAUCAGUUUAUAUCUAUCUAUCUAUCUAUCUAUCUAUCUAUCUAUCUAUCUAUCUAUCUAUCUAUGUCAAUCAGUUUAUAUCUAUCUAUCUAUCUAUCUAUCUAUGUCAAUCAGUUUAUAUCUAUCUAUCUAUCUAUCUAUCUAUCUAUCUAUGUCAAUCAGUUUAUAUCUAUCUAUCUAUCUAUCUAUCUAUCUAUCUAUCUAUGUCAAUCAGUUUAUAUCUAUCUAUCUGUCUGUGUUAAUCACUACAUAUCUAUCUGUGCCAAUCAGUUUAUAUCUAUCUAUCUCAUUUAUAUCUAUAUUUAUAUAUCUUGGUCUGUCCAUCUAUCUAUCUUCAUCUGUUCAUAUCUAUCUAUUUAUAAAUCUAUCUGUCUCACUUUCUUGAUAUCUAUCGAUCUAUUUCACUCUGUUAAUAUCUAUCUAUGUAUCUCUCUGUCUCAAUCUGUUGAUAUCUAUCAAUCUAUCAUUCUCACACUGUUGAUAUCUAUCUAUAUAUCUCUCUUCUCAAUGUUGAUAUCUAUCUAUCUAUUAGUCUCACUGUUGAUAUCUAUCUAUCUAUCUAUCUCACUGUUGAUAUCUAUCUAUCUAUCUAUCUAUCUAUCUAUCUCACUGUUGAUAUCUAUCUAUCUAUCUAUCUAUCUCACUGUUGAUAUCUAUCUAUCUAUCUAUCUAUCUAUCUCACUGUUGAUAUCUAUCUAUCUAUCUCACUGUUGA